AUGAGGAUAGCCAUCCUCCUGAGCCUUCUGUUCCACAUGGCAGCUGCUUUUCACCAACUACAUUACCUGGUGGUGAUCCCUGCAGAUCUCCGCUACCCAUCCACCCAAGUUGCCUGCCUCCACAUUACCUGUUAUGAAGCAAAGCUUCAAGUGAAUCUGGUCCUGGAGCGCUCUGCACGACGUGAGCUCUUAGUGCAAGAAACCAUCCAGAAGGAGAAGACUUUCAUGUGCACUAAGUUCUGGGUCACACCUCCAGCUGAUGGCACAGAGGAGAUUGCCACUGUCAAACUGAUCAUCACAGGCGAAGGGGUCAGUGUUGAGGAGAAGAAAAAGGUCCUGAUCCACAAGGCCAGCAGCGGCACUUUCAUCCAAACAGACAAGCCCAUCUAUCAACCAGGGGAGACAGUGAACUUUCGCAUUGUGACUCUGGAUGAGGAAUUCAUUGCACUCAGCAAUUCGAUUUCUCUGUUUCUCCAGGACCCUAAGAACAACCGGAUAGAGCAAUGGCUGAAUGUGGUCCCCCAAGACGGCAUUGCAGAUCUGUCUUUCCAGCUAAGUGAUGAGCCUCUGCUGGGGACAUACGUCAUCAACGUAACCAAUGCGAAAGCGCACGGCAGCUUCUCCGUUGAAGAGUAUGUGCUGCCAAAAUUUGAAGUGAUCUUUGAGGUGCCAAAUCAGGUUUAUGCACUAGAUAAAACCUUCCCACUCCGGAUCUGUGGCAGAUACACCUAUGGGAGAGGCGUGCAGGGGAUGGUUCAUGUGAGCCUUUGUCAGAAGAUAGCCCUGCUCCUGCCCAGUGCUUCGAAACCUGAUCUCUGUCAGGAAUUCAACAACCAGACAGAUGAGAUGGGUUGCUUCUUCACAAAUGUGAGUCUGUCCUCCUUCAGUCGAGACUUUCAGUACUAUCAGGACAGCAUAGUUGCAGAGGCCUCGCUGGUGGAGGAUGGCACAGAGAUACACGUCAAUGCUUCCCACAAAUUACUCAUCUCCAAGAUUGGCGGGAUGGCCUUGUUUGAUGAUGUGAAUUCUUACUACCACACUGGAGAGAUGUACAGGGGGAAGAUUAAAGUCAUUGACUACCAAGGCAAGGCACUGAAGCACAGAAAAGUCCUCCUUGUAGUAAGCUGCGGUGAGCAGCAGUUUAAGCAGAAGUACAUCACUGGGGUCUCUGGGACAGCUUCAUUUAGCCUGAACACGACUGCUUGGAACAGCACCUCGGCUUCCCUGGAGGCAAGUGUCCUGCAUCAAGAUUUGGAUAAAGAGCCUGGAACAGUUGAUUUGAGUUACCAGCGAGCUUCUCAUCUCAUACGUCCAUUCUACAGCACCAGCAGGAGUUUUCUCUCUAUUGUCCGUGUGCCAGAAACGAUGCCGUGUGGUAAAAAGCAGGCUAUCAAGGUGGACUUCAGAAUUUACCAGGAGGACCUGGAACAUGGGCCCAAGCGUGUCAUUUUCUCCUACUUUGUCACAGGGAAAAGAGGGAUAGUCCAUGCAGGUCAGAAGACUGUUUGGGUUGGGCUGCCAAGAAUGCUGAAAGGCUUCUUCUCCAUCCCUCUUACCUUCAGCUUGAUCUAUGCCCCAGCUCCAAGACUUGUUGUUUAUGUUAUCUUCCCUAAUGGAAAAAUCAUUGCUGAUUCUGCCAUCUUCAGUGUCUCCACGUGUUUCAGAAAUAAGGUGGAGCUGGGCUUCUCAACGGCCAAGACCCUUCCUGAUUCCGAGGUUGGUCUCCACCUGCUGGCAGCUCCUGGGUCCACGUGUGCUGUCUGGGCUGUGGAUAAGAGCGUCCUUUUGCUGAAGCCAGGAAAAGAGCUCGGCAGCUCCUUGAUCUAUGGGCUGUUCCCAUCUGUUUAUAACUCCAGGUAUCCUCGCCAAGUGUCUGAAGAUGAUCAUUCCUGCGGGCUCCCAAAUUCUGAUGAGCCUGAUGUGUUUACAACAUUCAGGGAAAUGGGGUUGAAAAUUAUGUCCAACACUAAUAUCAGGAAACCCAGAGUAUGCCCAACCACUCCAUCGACAACUAUGCUGCAGGAAACAGCAAUGUUUUCUUCCAGCCCCAUGUUGAUAUUUGCCCAGCCCCAUAAAGCAUAUAACACAGAGCAUCUGACAACAUCUACCUAUCAGCCCACUAUGUUUUCACCUGUUUCUUCACCUGAAGAGAAAGUACACAAGCAUUUCCCCAAAACCUGGAUAUGGGAUUUGUAUUCUGUGGGUCCCAGUGGGAACAAGAAUGUCACUGUCACUGUGCCUAACACCAUCACAGAAUGGAAAGCAGGGAUGUUCUGCACAGGACAUAAUGGCUUUGGACUUGCUCCAACCUCCAGUCUACUUGUUUUCAAGCCCUUUCUUGUGGAGUUCACACUGCCAUCUUCUGUGAUCCAGGGUGAGACCUUCAUAUUGAAGGCCACAGUCUUCAACUACCUGCAGCAAUGCAUGAAGAUCCAAGUGACCCUGGAGGAGUUCACACACUUCCAGCUGAAGCCAUGCAAAGGUUGUGUCUACAGCAGCUGCUUAUGUGCCAAUGAAGCUAAGACCUUUCAGUGGAACGUCACAGCUGAGCAACUGGGGCUCAUAAACAUCACCCUCAGCACAGAGGCUGUGGCCACCGAAGAGCUCUGUGGCGAAGAGAUACCAUUUGUCCCAAACCAAGGACAGAAAGACACGAUCACCAAAAUCCUUCUAGUCCGGCCAGAGGGAGUGUUGGUAGAAAAGGCUCACAGCUCCAUCCUGUGUCCCAAAAAAGGGAAUCCAGCACAGGAGUCUGUGUCCCUGAUGUUGCCUCUAAAUGUCGUUGAAGGUUCAGUCAGAGCCACCGUCUCGGUCACCGGUGACCUCAUGGGGACAGCACUGCAGAACCUGGACCACCUAGUGCAGAUGCCCCACGGCUGUGGGGAGCAGAACAUGGUGCUGUUUGCCCCCAUUGUCUAUGUGCUGCAGUACUUGGAGAAGACGAGGCAGCUGACCCCUGAGAUCAAGGAGAGGGCAACAGGAUUCCUGCGCAAUGGCAAGUGUGGAUGGGGAAGUCCCCUUGGCUGCCUACAUCACUGCUGCAUACUUGGAGGCAGGAGAGACACCAGAG